UCAUUACCAAUCAGAUUUGUUAUCUGAUUGACAACCUGGAAAUACGAUAUAAAGCUGAGUUGUGUGAUUCGACUCACCGUGAUAUCAGAGCUUCUACCAUGCCUUCCAUUGCCUGUGAGGGCCUACGACUGGUGUUCGCGCUGCUUAUAAGCAAGCUAAGGGACAAAGGAGCGAACGCCUUGGAUCAUGGGGAUGUCACAAACGAGAAAUUUCGCGACUUUAUUGUACGAGAACUGAAAGAUAUUCGCGAAAAGCUGGACGGUCUUUGCAAGGCGGAACUGUGUGCAGCAGCGAACUUCUUUAGAGAUGGCGUUAGUCUCCUGUAUCAUUAUCUCUCCGAGACUCAACCAUGUGUGGUCAGGCUCGAGAAUGAGACGUUUAAAACACAUCGCAAAUCCACCGAGACUUCCGCUUGCGAUGAAUGGGAGAUAUUCCAUAUCAUGAAUGACGGAUUUGAUAUUCUAAGUAUCAAACCCGAUGAUUCCACCUACAAGGAGGCCAAAUUGAAAUUUAACCAAGCUUCCAGGAGCGCAACCAAAGCAUUCAGCAACGGAGCAUUAAAGAUUUGCGACCGAAUUCUUGCCAUGAAGUUUCGCGUGUCGGCUACCAUCCUAGAGCACUUGGAAAAACCGGAAGUUGCCAUUGUGUUGUGCAAAAACUACCUAGAGCAGUUGAAUGGCUUACCUGAAGUGGAAGAAAGCUUCGAGGUCAAGUUCGGAGGGUUUCAUGUUAAGCGGUGGUUUUGUGAGAUGCGCCGGGAUACCCUUAUUACUAGUGUCAUUUCCCUAAAUAGAAUGCUCUGGGAGUAUAUGCACUACUGUGAGAAAGGCCAAGACGUACUCAGUGACUGGCCCGAGGUUAUGAUUGGAUCUGAUCGCACGGUACACCCUGUGUUCCAUGAUAAAGUUAUUCGCCCCUACGUGUGGUCGUUUGGAGAAUAUGAUAAAACUGAAGACGUGUUUGAUGGACCCUCUGACGUGGUGACUACAAGUAAAGGGGAGUUUUUAGUCGCAGACCGCGGAAAUAGAGCCAUAAAGAGGUUUUCUUCCUCAGGGGAGCUCAUCUACUCAUAUGUCGAUCUGAGUUUAGACAUUACUUCAUCAACCGAUGCACUUGUUGUGAAAUCCAGUUGUCUCCUGUCACCGCAGAACGUCGUCACAGAUGCUCAAGACAAUAUCUACUUCAGCAAGAAUUACAAGACUAAGCACACUAACCAAUUCAUGAACGAAAUAGUAGCUUUGGAUGCGAAGGGGAGUUUUAGAUGGAGGGUAAAUAACUCGGGUCUCGGGUCACGCAGGUCAAAGUUGAAGGGUUUAGCUGUGGACGAGGGCAAUGCAUGCCUCGUCAUGUUAUUCAGUGACGUCAUACUUGCUGUCAGUUUACAAGAUGGAGACGCCCUUCCAGAAUUGUCAAUCAAUCUGUGCGACCAAAAUUCGCCUCUAAUGUUAUCUCAGGAUUCUAGUAUUUGUGUCAGCGGUCGCGGUGAAUACCUUAUAACCGGUUUAUCCUGUAUUUACGUCAUUGAUCAAACCGCUACACACAGGAAACCCAUCAAGCCAAGAUCGACGAACUGCUCUCGAAAGUUUUACCCAUGUGGCAUAGCGGUUGACCAGCUUUCUAAGGAGAUCAUAGUAGCAGACAGAGCUUCUAAUUCGUUGAUGAUGUUCAAGAAAUGUGGGACGUUUCUUCGGCGCAUUAAUUUCAUGAGUCAUCACAGGUACUUGUCGGGUGGAAUCACAGUCAUGAAGAACGGCCAUGUUGCCGUAGCGGACAGGAAUAAUAAUUCUGUUUUUGUUUACUAGAAAAAAUCUUUAUGCGCAUAACCAAGUGACGAAUCUUCAAGAACUGGGAAAAAUUAAGUACAAAGGAGAAUCAAGAAUAUCGGCAUCAGUUCUAGGCUGGAGAGAGGAAGGGGGCAUUUAGACUGUUUGUGACCAAGAUAGGUUAUUUUGACGAACGUCCUUAUAUGUCAUGCGUCCCGUAACGUCACGCGUCCGUCACGCGUCCGUCACGCGUCCCUAUAUGUCCCACGUCCCUGUAUGUCAGGAAACGCUAGAUUUCGGCCUCAAAACCGUUAUCGAGGGAACUGUGUUACCUAGAGAUACCGUGCCACCCGUGCAUUAAUAGCUCGGCAAUAACCAGGUUCCUAGCCCUCUGCAGCUUUGUCCUUUUUGUCCAAUUCAACCACCAAGUUACAUGACCCAAGAAACAUACAAAUAAAUUCAAGUACUUUACUAUAA